GAGCGCUCUUUAUUUAUCUUGUGUUGCGACCUGUUUUAUCGUUAUACCUGGGGCAUUAUUAUGUCGUUGUGCUGAACUUUAAGGCAGUCACCAAAUAAAGAGGACGUCAGUUAAUAUUGCUACGCCUAGCAAAUGAAGAAUGUUCAAAUACCAGCAUUUGAUGCAUUUGAUGCAUUAAUGUUUGAAGUGAUCAACUAUUCUACUUCUGUUUCAAAUGAUAUGCAAGAUUCUAGCAUUCGUUUUCUUGAAUCACUUGGUGUUAAUGUAAGCCAAAAAUUGAUUGAAAAAGCUACAAAAGAUCAUGCUCGAUUUGUCAAUGAAUUAGAUAUUGUAAAGUAUAUAUGCACAGAAUUUUGGUCUUCAGUAUACCAUAAACAAGUUGAUACAUUGAAAACAAACUAUCAGGAUGUUUAUGUUCUGACAGUUCAUGAUUUUCAGCCUUUAUUAAAAUUUGAAAUUAUGCCAGAAAGUGUUACAGAAAUUCCAAAAUAUUUGGCGUUUCCUUCUGGACUUUUAAAAGGUGCUUUGCGUAGUUUAGGCUUAAAUUGUGUUGUGACAGCCGACUGUGAACAACCGCCAACAUGUAAAUUCACGGUCACAGUUCUGUCCUACAAAGAAAUAAUGUGAUGUACAGAUUCUUACUUCUUUUGAAGUAACUAAUUUUAUUUCUUUGUAAUGUUUUCUUGUAUUUUUAUUUAUAACGAUGACUUUUAAAAUUCUGUACGACUUUUGAUUUCUCGAUCAAUAAUAGCUUUAUAAACGUUACUGUCGGCUUAAACUUAUUUCAACCUUCAAUUUGUAAACUGUGACAUGUGUUUGACUGGUGGGGGUCUUUCUGUCUGUUUGGAUUCAA